CAUCUCCCUCGCACGAGUCACCACCUGUUCUGUGCGUGCGUGUGCCAGUAGUCUCUCAUCGUCCAAGCAAAGCGAGCGAGCGAAGCAAGCUAGCUUCCGCGCGCCACCGCCAUGGGCAAGGUCAGGCUGCUCUUGGCGCUCUCGCUGGUCGUCGUCCUGCUCCUCGUCGAGACCACCGCUCCCCAUGGACAGGCUCACGCCAUCGACUGCGUGGCGAGCUGCUCGUACCGGUGCAGCAAGGCCGGGCGCCCCAAGAUGUGCCUGAGGGCGUGCAACACCUGCUGCCAGCGCUGCGGAUGCGUCCCGCCGGGCACCUCCGGCAACGAGGACGUCUGCCCCUGCUACGCCAACAUGACCACCAAGCACGGCAAGCACAAGUGCCCGUGAUCCGGCGGCCUCCAUCGCCAGCAUGCAUGCAUGCUUGCUUGUUACCAAGACAUGACGCGACCAUCGACGAUCACUCAGCAUGAUCACUCAUGAUACUCUACUUCCUCCUACCUAGCUACUACUACUAAUGACGUACCCGUCGAUCAGUUCAUCUAUGAUCUAUAUCUAGUACUCCGAUCCCACCCCUGGAUCAUAUCGAUUACGCAUGAAAAUUAAAGCU